AUGCAAUAAAAUAGAAAUUAGUUUCAAGCAAACAACAAUAACAAGAAUUUGAGUACUAAUAAUGAUAGAACUAGUCAGAGGCCAUAAAACUGUGUUAGAUAGCCUUAUAUGAUUACAAGAAUCGAUAGACCUUAGACAUCCUCUUCAUUAAAUCAACCACAAAGUAACUCUAGACUUCGAUAGGGCUUGAACUCAGCGUCAGCAAAAACUCAAGAGAAGAAAUAAGAAGUCGAUAUUGCUUAAAUUUCUCAAAUGCUUAUUAGGCCUACCAGCAGGUCUCCCUAUGACUAACUCAGCACAUUCACUCCAACUCGAAGAUCGCUGCACUUAGUUCAGACUGCCAUCGAUGAAAAUGAGAGUGUGGGCAGAUAUAGCAGAAAGUCAGGCGAGCAUCAAAUGAUGCCUGAGGAAUCUAAAUCGAAAACUCAAGAAAUCAAAAUUGAGGAAUAUGAAGAGUAUAAAGGAAUUUUUUCGCCUCCUCCCAUUUAGAAUCCCAGUAGUAGUUUAAAUGUUCAUAUGAAAGGCAAUACACCAGAGUAGAUCAGUCAGUUUACAGAAGACCUGAUUAACUCGCAAUAAAGGCAAAAUCAAUCUCAGAGAUUUAACUCCCCUCAAGGUAAUUUGAGAGGCAUUCUAAGCAAAGAGAUUAAUAAGUCCAUAAGUAAAAAGAAAGUUACCAUAUCAUCUUUGAUUUAAGUCAAGACUUUCGGAGAUAAAGAAAGAGUUAGUUCAUCUGUCCCAGAGAGUUAAAUAAGUGAAUCAAGUGAUGGAUAGGAGUAGACACUAUUCAAGUAAGAACCAGAUAACGAGUCUGCUUCAAAUCUAUUUAAUGAAGAGCAUAUUGAUCAAACUCAAAAUUAAUCAUAGCCACUUCAAGAUCAAAUGAAAAGUGAGGAUUUUGAAGAAGUCGCUUAGAGUCAGAUCUAAGAGGAUCAAAACAUUGUUUAAAAUACAAUGAGUCAAAGAGAAGAGAGUUAAGGAAACAAAGAAGUAUCGUAAACUGAAAGUAAUAAUAUCGUAUAAUAAGUAGUUGAUAAUAAAAUGGCUGAAAGUCUAGAAAAGGUAGUUAAUCAUUAAUAUAAUACCUAGAAUCAUUAGCGUUAAGAUUUGCAUCAGAUAAACUUGAGCUAAGGGAGUCUAUCUCUUCUUCAAGGUAUGUUGCAGAGCUAAGAAUAAUUGAAAUAAGUGCUGUCAUAAGUUUGCUCAGAUUAGCAAGUUAUGAUUUCAGAAGUCUCCCAAUAAAACAAUACUUUGUCUGAAAAAGCAGUUGAAGUAAUAUCAGAGUAAUCACCACCAAUCUUAGUUUAACCUCGGAUUAAUUUCAACAGAAAUUAGGCCAUUGAAAUUUUAAGGGCUAAAUUUAAGCAGAAUACUAUUAGAUUUUCCAAACCUGAUGAAUAGCAUGAAUAACUAGCAGAAAAUCUACCGUAUAUGUAUGCUGACAAUUCUUAGAGAUUUAAGAUUGAUAUGAAAUUUCUAUAGUCUAAAUCAGAUUAGAGUAAGGCUUAAAAUACAAAGGACUUAUCAAUGAGUGACAGAUUUAGUGAUCUGGACAAAGAAUAGCUUGAGGAUAUGCUAGUCAAUAGAAAGAUAAUCAAAAACAGAGACUUUUAUCUGAAAUAUCAAGGUAUUAACGCCAACAAUCAAACUAUUAAUAACCUUGAGAUAUACGCUGGCUAUGCCUAUUCUUAGAACUUUUAGGAUUACGUCAGCCACCAGUCAAAAAGUAUAAGCAUUACUAUUGAAUCGAAAGUAAACAAAAAGUUGAGUAAAAAUAGAACUGCGGCAGAUCUAGGUAAAAAAUGGGGUCCUAGGUAGGCUGAAUACAAAUACUAGAAUGAUUGUAGUUGCGAGACUUGCUCCUACUUCAUGAAGUCCUAUAGCUUGCUGAUAAGAUUUUAUAAAAACCCCUUGCAUCAAUUUUGCUUUCAGCAGCUGCUGCAUUAUUUCUUCGCUAGGAGUAGUAAAGAUAUUUUCAAAUAGGAACCUGAGUAUAAAUUGUCUAGAGAGGAGUACAAGGAGUAGUUAAAUAACGGUGAGUUCGAGUAUUUCAACUUCUUGAGUGAUAACUUUAUUCUGAGAUUAAGAGAUAGUAAGGUUAAUGAAAGGGAAAGUAUUAUGAGGGCUUUGAGGGAUAGAGGGUAUACUAAUGAAGAAAUUUACUUCAGAUUCAAUAAUUUAAUGCAGUGUUUUUAUAACUAGAAGUGA